AGAAGAAUUAUGCCUCUAUUUCAACUGCUGAUACUGAGAAUGCAGAAGCCACUGGCGUAGUGGACAUAAUGAUGGCACAAUUCACACCAGCAGGAGCUGUGCAGGUCAUGUUGGACAUCCUGAGGAAGAUGAACGAGAACCAUCUGGCUGAAGAGUUAGAGAACGAAUACAAGGAUGGUGAAGCUGUAAAUGCUCCUGUAUUCUCAAGUCCAGUGACCGUCAACUCGAGCUCCGGUGCUGUCGGUCUAGAGCAACAGUCCCGCAGUGCUGAGAAGAAAUUACGUUUUCCAGUUUUGAAGAGCUUUUCACUUACAGGUCCGAGUGCUGAGAAGAAAUUGCAUUUGCCAGUUUUGAAGAGUUUUCCACUUCCAAGCAUAAAUGGCCGAGAUUUGGAGAUUAAACAGUGUAGGUUUAAAUACACACACAAACAUUUUCAGUGUUUAGCCAAAAUACUUCCGUGCAUUAAAUGCUCUCUACAUUUGUGUUCAGAUGCCCGUAAUCUUACACUGGAUCCAAACACGGCCCAUCCGAACCUCUGUCUGUCUGAGAGGAACCGCAAGGCGAUGCACGUGAGAGAGAAGCAGCCGUAUCCGGGUCAUCCGGAGAGAUUCGACUGGCAGCCGCAGGUUCUGUGUCGAGAGAGUCUGACUGGACGCUGUUACUGGGAGGUUGAGUGGAGCACGAGGAUGUGGGUUGAGAUAGCAGUGACAUAUAAAGGAACGAGAUAUAAAGGAGCUGAUAAUGACUUUUUGUUCAGCCGUAAUGCACGCUCUUGGGUGCUGAAGUGUUCUCGUUACAGCUAUCUUGCCUAUCACAAUAAUCAGAUGACUAAUAUACCAGCCUCUUCACCAUCUAAUAGAGUAGGAGUGUAUCUGGACGUGUCGGCCGGCACUCUGUCCUUCUACAGCGUCUCUGACACACACACACUCACACACUUACACACAUUCAACACCACAUUCACUGAACCCCUCUAUGCUGGAUUUCUGCUUCAAUCAGACUGUUCAGUGUCUCUCUGUGAGAUUUAACAGCCUCUGUUUGGACGGCCUUUACACAUAUGAUGACCUAUAUCAUUUGUUAUACUUUCAACAUUUGGUAAUUUGUUAUGUUAAAGGGAUAGUUCACCCAUAAUGGAAGUCAAAGUCUUUUAAAAUAUCUUCUUUUGUGUUCAAGGGAGGAAAGUAAGUCCAUAGAGGUUUGUAACGACAUUUACAUUUCGGGAUGAACUAUAACUAGUGUUUCUAUGAUAAUGAGAGUAAGAGAAGAAUGCACAUCACUUUGCAGCAUUUGUUCUAUUAUGAUUAUCUAAAGCAGAAAAAACACGCUCAUGUACUUAAUGGUGUACAAUUGUUAUGUUCAAUUUAUUAAAAUUGUUAAGAAAACUGCAUUCAAGUGAAGGGAAAAUAGCCAAAACAUCAAUCUGAUUUGCUAAUGGUUAAUGAUUAUGUCACAUCAAAACAUUUUGAUUCAAUACACUUAAUUUUACUAAAAAACUAAGUUUCUCAGAAGUCAUUGCUUUUAACAUUGAAAUUGUAAAGUGUAAUGUGUGUGAUUUGAGAUGUUUUGCAUACUGUUCAUGUGUAAUACUAUUACUAUUACCUGUCUGAAUUGAAUAUAUAAAGACUGAAAUCAUAGAGACGUCUCAAUAUCACAGUGUUGACCACAUUAAAAGUGCUGUAAGCCAAUAACACCUGGAGAAAUCUGUCUGUUCUCAAAGCCAGCUGAAUGUGAAAACCUCUCCAAAACCAGCAAACCCCAAAACAGACCGAGAGCACAACUGUUUAACCAGUCUUCUGACCGACUAGAUAAUCACACACUGAUACCCUGACUCAUUUAUUGUCCUUUACAGUAGCGCAUUUACCUCAUAAAACCUAUUUCAGUGAUAUCCAUCAGGCAGUAGAGACAUUUUAUGCACUGUAUUAAGAAAAGAAAGUCAUGUAAAGCACCUUUAUGUUUAGUUCAACUACUAAAAUGACUCAAUUUCUUCUAAUUAGAAAUCUCUAACAUAUCCGAAGCUUGUAAAGAUAAUACUUUUUCUACCAUCAAUGUAAAAGGCUUAACUAGUAGUUUCAAGUUCUAACUCAACAGUGUGAGAAGUAUGAGCUUGAUUGCAGCCCAGUUAUUUAGAUGAUUUUGUAAAAUAAUGUGUAUCAGUGCCCCACUAUGAAAUGUACACAAUAA